CUUGAAAUUUUAACUAACCUAGCAAAUGAAGCCAAUAUAUCAACUCUUCUCAGAGAAUUUCAGACAUAUGUGAAAAGCCAAGAUAAGCAAUUUGCUGCAGCUACAAUCCAGGCAAUUGGCAGAUGUGCAACCAACAUCUCAGAAGUGACUGACACCUGCCUAAAUGGCUUGGUAUGUUUGCUGUCCAAUAGGGAUGAAAUAGUAGUAGCAGAAAGCAUAGUAGUAAUUAAAAAGCUGCUGCAAACACAACCAGCACACCAUGGUGAAAUAAUUAAACACAUGGCCAGGCUCCUUGACAGUAUAACUGUUCCUGUUGCAAGAGCCAGCAUUCUUUGGCUUACUGGAGAAUAUUGUGAACGAGUUCCGAAAAUAGCCCCUGAUGUUCUAAGAAAAAUGGCUAAGAGCUUCACUGUGGAAGAUGAUCUUGUAAAACUGCAAAUUUUAAAUCUCGGCGCAAAAUUGUAUUUAACCAACUCAAAACAGACAAAAUUGCUUACCCAGUACAUAUUAAACCUCGGCAAGUAUGAUCAAAGCUACGACAUCAGAGACCGAACAAGAUUUAUUAGGCAGCUUAUUGUUCCAAACAACAAGAGUGGAGCUUUAAACAAAUAUGCCAAAAAAAUAUUUCUGGUACAAAAGCCUGCCCCACUACUUGAGUCACCUUUUAAAGAUAGGGAGCACCUCCAACUUGGUACUUUGUCUCAUACUCUGAACAUGAAAGCCUCUGGCUAUCUGGAAUUGUCUAAUUGGCCGGAAAUUGCACCUGACCCAUCAGUGAGAAAUGUAGAAGAAGUUGGAUUGGCAAAAGAACAGACUUCUCUACAAGGAAAGGCAAUAAAAGAAACCACUGAAAAAUUUUAUCCUGAGUCUGAUGAAGAAGAGGAGGAAGAGGACACUAAUGAGGAAAGUGAGGAUUCUUCUAGCAGUAGUGAGAGUGAAAAUGAAUCUGAAUCUGAGGAAGGAAAGAAAGAAGGGCAAGGCGAUACCAGCACGGAAAGUAGCUCAAGUUCUUCUACUGAAGAUGAGAAUGAUAGGAAACCAAAGUCUGAAAAAGGAAAUCUAAGAAAAAGAACAACAGUUUCAGAAAGAGAUUCCAAAAGAAAAGAAACAAAGAAAGCAAAUUCUCAGAAAGAGCAAUGUUCUCCCAACUCAGAAUCUAGCUCAGCUGAGGAAAGUUCUUCAGAUUCUACCUCAGAAAGUGAUUCUGAAAAUAAUUUGGAUCCUCUUCCUCCUAAGAAGGAAGCAGAACGUUUGCAAGAGAAGGAAACUACUAAACAAGAUAUGUCGCUCUUAGAUUUGGAUGACUUCAGCCCUGCACCAGCUCUUACUACCUUUUGCAAGCCAUCAAUUCUCUCUCCCAUCUUAGCAGCAGACCUAGAAGGUUUAAGUUUAUCAAGUUCUUCAGUCAUUGAUGUCACUUCACCCUUCUUCGUGCCAAUGAAAUCUCAUGAACUCCUUCACCGAAUGAGUGGAAAAGGAUUAGCAGCCAAUUAUCACUUCUCAAGACAGCCGUGCAUUUAUAGUGAUCAGAUGAUAUCUGUACAGGUGAUGCUGACUAACACCACAGACCAAAAUAUAGAGAAUAUCCAUUUAAGCGAAAAAAAGCUACCAGCUGGCAUGAGAAUGCACGUAUUUAAUUCAAUAGAAUCCCUUGAACCUGGGAAAUCUAUUACCGUUCCAGUAGGAAUUGACUUCUGUGAUUCUACACAGGCUGCUAGUUUCCAGCUAUG